ACUGGAUCACAGAUUCUGGUGGAUUGACACACUCUUUUUUUCCAUUUCAAAGGCAGAUCGGGGGCGGUGCCGAGAAAAAUUUCCUUACUAGAUGACAUUUCAUCGCAAUGUCCGAUCGUUUGGGGCAAAUAACCAAGGGCAAGGAUGGGAAAAGCAAGUAUUCGACUCUCAGCCUGUUUGAUAAGUAUAAAGGAAAAUCAGUAGACACAGUCAGAUCCUCAGUUAUUCCUAGACAUGGCCUACAGAGUCUUGGGAAAGUUGCCACAGCCCGGCGUAUGCCACCACCUGCAAACCUGCCAAGCUUGAAGUCUGAGAACAAAGGAAACGACCCCAACAUCGUUAUUGUACCCAAGGACGGAACGGGAUGGGCAAACAAGCAGGAUCAGCAAGACCCAAAGAGUUCCAGUGCGACGGCCUCUCAGCCGCCGGAGUCGCUGCCGCAGCCGGGUUUGCAGAAAUCUGUCUCCAAUUUACAGAAACCGACACCGUCGAUCAGUCAGGAGAAUACACAUUCAGUGCCAGGUGGACCAAAGUCAUGGGCACAGCUGAAUGGAAAGCCAGUAGGACACGAAGGUGGUUCAAGGGCCUCAAGCCGACUGUUAUCCUUCUCUCCCGAGGAAUUUCCGACGCUGAGAGCAGCUGGAGGGCAGGACAAGGCUGGCAAGGAAAAGGGCGUCUCAGAUCUGUCGUAUGGGCCAGGACCAAGCCUCCGCCCUCAGAAUGUGACAAGCUGGAGGGAGGGCGGUGGGCGAAACAUAAUUUCUGCCACGUCUCUGAGCGCCUCCCCAACUGAGCUGGGCAGCAGGAACUCGAGUGCGGGAGAUGGAGCCCCCUCCUCGGCAUGCACCAGCGAUUCUAAGGACCCCUCUCUCCGCCCGGCUCAGCCUGUCCGCAAAGGGGCUUCACAGUUCAUGGGAAAUGCAUACCACCCACCUACAUACCAUGACAUGCUUCCUGCUUUUAUGUGCUCGCCUCAGUCGUCAGAGAACCAGGGCCCAGUGGAACGAGGGUCUUUUCCCCUCCCCCAGCUCCGCCUGGAACCCCGUGUUCCUUUCAGGCAGUUCCAGAUGAAUGACCAGGACGGAAAAGAAAACAGGCUGGGAACGUCUCGCCCACCGCGCCCACUCCGACAGCUGGUGGAGCGGGCUCCUCGGCCCACCAUCAUCAAUGCAGAAAACCUCAAGGGCCUCGAUGACCUGGACACCGAUGCCGACGAUGGCUGGGCAGGCCUCCAUGAGGAAGUGGACUAUUCUGAGAAGUUGAAGUUCAGUGAUGACGAAGAGGAGGAAGACACUGUGAAGGAUGGCAGGCCGCAGUGGAGCAGCUGGGACCCGAGAAGGCAGCGGCAGCUGUCACUGAGUUCUGCAGACAGUGCCGAUGCCAAGCGUGCGCACGAGGAAGGAAAGGACUGGUGUGAGGCAGCAGGCACGGUCCGGGUCGUCCGGAAGGUGCCGGAACCUCAGCCGCCUUCCAGGAAGCUUCACAGCUGGACGUCAGGCCCUGACUGCCAGAAGUCCUCAGUGGGCAGCAUGUUCCGCCAACAGUCUGUUGAGGACAAAGAGGACAAGCCACCCCCGCGGCAGAAGUUCAUCCAGUCAGAGAUGUCCGAAGCCGUGGAACGUGCCCGCAAGCGCCGGGAGGAGGAGGAGCGCCGCGCUCGGGAAGAGAGGUUGGCUGCCUGUGCUGCCAAACUCAAACAGCUGGACCAAAAGUGCAAGCAGGCUCAGAAGGCCAGCGAGGCCCAGAAGCAGGUGGAGAAGGAAGUGCCCCGGUCUCCAGGCACCGAGAAGGUGCCCCCACAGGAGAACGGCCCUGCUGUCCGCAAAGGCUCCCCCGAGUUCUCUGCCCAGGAAGUCCCCAACACGUUUUCAGAAGAGGCCCCCGCAGCUCCUGCUGCUGUGGCUCAGAGUGGCAGUGAGGAGGGACCCAGGGAGGCUGGGUCCCCUGCACAGGAGUUCAGCAAGUAUCAGAAGUCACUUCCUCCCAGGUUCCAGCGCCAGCAGCAGCAGCAGCAGCAGCAGCAGCAGCAGCAGCAGGAGCAACUGUACAAGAUGCAGCAUUGGCCACAGGUGUACCCUCCGCCCUCCCACCCACAGCGCGCCUUCUACGCGCACCAUCCUCAGAUGCUGGGCUUCGAUCCCAGGUGGAUGAUGAUGCCUUCCUACAUGGACCCACGGAUCACACCCGCUCGGACCCCAGUGGAUUUCUACCCCUCAGCCCUGCACCCCUCAGGACUGAUGAAGCCCAUGGUGCCCCAGGACUCUGGCAGUGGGACCGGCUGUCGCUCUGAAGAUCAGAGCCGUGUCCCUCCACUGCAGGAAAGAAAAGUGACCGCCAUCGACCCCGCCCCCGUGUGGAGCCCCGAGGGCUACAUGGCCCUGCAGAGCAAGAGCUACUCCCUGCCGCACCCGAAGUCCAGCGACGCUUUGGCCGUGGACAUGCACGUCAGGAAUGAAAGCUCUUACUCUGCCUCACCCGGAAGGGCAGGGGCCAUAAGUGCCCAGCGCGAUCUCCUUGAGGAGAGAGUGGAGGAGUACUUGAGUGCUUUUGACAAGAAGGCCCGAGCAGACUUUGACAGCUGUGUCUCUUCUCAAAGAAUAGGCCAGGAGCUUUUGUUUCCACCCCAGGAAAAUGUACAGGAAGCAGGUGCUCCUGGGGGUCACGCCCCAAACCUCAGGUGUUCCCCGUUGGAGCCCGACUUUGCCCCAGCUGAGAAAAAGCCAGAGUAUAGAAAUUGGGACGUUAGCCAGCAGCCCAAGGCCGCUGACACAGCCAACAGUGUGGAAAAGGAUACGCCUCGGGGGGAGCCCCCCUUUACCAUCUCCUCCUGGGAGAAGGAAGGAAGCCCCCACAAACAGCCGUCCCUGGAGCCUGAGUGGAAUCCUGAGCCCCGGGGCACCAGCAGCCAGCCCCCGGAGCAGACCGGCAGGACCCGGAGGUCGGGGCCCGUCCGGAAGCCCGUGCUGAAAGCCCUCAAGGUGGAGGACAAGGAGAAGGAGCUGGAGAAGAGUCGGCAGGAGCUGGGGGAGGAGAGCGCUCGCCGGGCCAAGGAGGAGGUGCCGAGCCACCAGGCCAUCAAGGACGAGGACGAGGAGAACGACCCCAUGCGGGCCAACUCCUCUGCCUCUUCAGCUCAGGGCGUAGCCCAGGCUCGUUCAGGCUGCUCAGCCAGCAAGUCCGAAGAGGACGAGAAGCCCGACAGGGCCUGGGAGACCAGAUCCUCCCGGGAGCCCAGCGACACCCCCCCGACCAAGAGGAAUAACUGGAUCUUCAUUGACGAGGAGCAAGCUUUUGGGGGCCGAGGGCAGCCCCGGAGCCGCGGCCGUGGGUUCCGAGAAUUCUCUUUCCGUGGCCGGUGUGCAGGCGGCAGUGGUCCUGGCAUCUGUGGCGGGGGGGUCCUUGGGGCGCGGGGCAUCUACACCAACAGCCAGAGAAGUGGCCGUGGCCGGGGCCUGCGAGAGUUUGGUCAGCCCGAGGACUUCCCCAGAGCCAAGCCCCGGCGCCGCAUCGCCAGCGAGACCCACAGCGAGGGCUCCGAGUACGAAGAGCUUCCCAAGCGGCGGCGGCAGAGAGGCUCAGACAGUGGCCACGAAGGCUCGCUCCUGGACAGGGAGGAGGGCGCCUUGAAGAAAGGUGACUUCAAAGACUCCUGGCGGUCCAACAAGAUGUCCUCUGACGACCACAGCGGUCUAGAGGCGAAGAGCAGAGGCCUGCGGGCCUUCGGGCGAGCCCUCCCUCCCCGGCUGAGCAACUGCGGCUACGGGCGGAGAACCUUCGUGUCCAGAGAGCCAGCCCACUGGCAGAGCAAGGGUCCUGGCACCUGCUGGCAGGACCACGGCUCCCCCGACGCCUGCGGCUCCCAGCGACCCACGGACAGAGACCACGUCCCGGAGGCCUACAGGCCUUCUGACUCCUUCGGUGCCAGGGGCUUCGAGGACAGCCGCCCGGAGGAGAAGAGGGCCUUCUUCCAGGACGACCACGUGGCAGACUCCGACAACGCGGAGAGCCGGCCCUUCAGGAGAAGGCGCCCCCCGCGCCAGGACAAGCCCCCUCGCUUCCGGCGCCUCCGGCAGGAGCGGGAGUCCUUGGGCCUGUGGGGGCCCGAGGAGGAGCCCCAGCUGCUGGCGGGCCAGUGGCCAGCCAGGCCCAAACUCUGUCCUGGGGACAAGAGCGGUGCUGCGGGCCGCAGGUCCCCCGAGCUCUCCUGCCAGAACUCCUCCGACCACGCCAACGAGGAGUGGGAGACGGCCUCCGAGAGCAGCGACUUCAGCGAGCGGCAUGAGCGGCGCGGCGGCCCCACGGCCGAGGCCCGCUCCCAGGCGGACGGCAGCCUGCCUGGGACCAGCAUGGGGGAGAAGAAGGAGUUGGCCAAGAGGAGCUUCUCCAGUCAGAGGCCCCUGGUGGACAGACAGAGCCGAAAGCUGGAGCCGGGAGGGUCCGGGGAGAAGUGUGCUAGGCCCGGAGGUGGCGGCACCUCUCCCCGCGAUGAGGACCUGCAGAGUGGGACGCCCGUGAGAGCCAGAAGGCCCCCGGACGAGGCCUUGCCAGGGGCAGGCGGUCUCGGCUGCAGCAGUGGGAGCAGCCACUACACCCUGGAGCGGGCAGCCCGCGCCACCGCCGGCACCCCCGACGCCGCCUGCGAGGAGGCCGCGGAGGCCACGCUGGCUGUUCAGAGGGCGGGUGAGCAGGCGGAGGCCGCGGAGCAGCUUGGCCUGGACUAUGGAAAUUCCAUCAUUGAGAACUGCGGGUCCAGCCCCGGGGAGGAGACUGAGGUGGGCUCCAUGGUGGGUGAAGGCUUCAUCGAGGUCCUGACCAAGAAGCAGCGCCGCCUGCUGGAAGAAGAGAGGAGGAAGAAGGAGCAAGCUGUGCAGGUGCCUGUCAAAGGUCGAGGUCUUUCCUCCCGUAUUCCUCCUCGGUUUGCGAAAAAGCAGAACAACUUGUGCCUGGAGCAAGGCGAUGUGCCUGUGCCAGGCAGCAGCCUGGGCACCGAAAUCUGGGAGAGCAGCAGCCAGGCCCUCCCCGUUCAGGCCUCGACUGGCGACUCCUGGACUAAAGCCGCCACUGCCUUCAACAGCACCGAGCCUGGCUCUGCUGAGCAGGGCUUUAAGAGCAGCCAGGGGGACAGCGGUGUUGACCUGAGCGCUGAGUCUCGAGAGUCGUCUGCAACCUCCUCUCAGCGCAGCUCGCCGUACGGCACUCUGAAACCAGAGGAGGUGAGCGGGGCUGGCCUGGAGCCCAAGGCUGAAGGCCACAAGGAGCAGGCUCAGAAGCAACCUGAGCCAAAGGAUCCGGAACAGGGCUCAGGACAGAGCAAGGAGCACCGACCAGGACCCAUCGGCAACGAGCGUUCUCUGAAAAACAGAAAGGGUUCAGAGGGGGCUGAGCGGCUGCCUGGGGCUGUCGUCCCACCUGUUAACGGGGUAGAGAUCCACAUGGACUCCGUGCUCCCGGUACCGCCCAUCGAAUUUGGAGUCAGUCCAAAAGACUCUGACUUCAGCUUGCCGCCAGGUUCUGCCUCUGGUCCGGCAGGGAAUCCGGUUGUCAAGCUUCAGGAUGCCUUGGCCAGUAACGCCGGGUUGACACAGAGUAUUCCGAUUCUGCGGCGUGACCAUCACAUCCAGAGGGCCGUCGGCCUCUCCCAGAUGUCCUUCCCCACUGCAGACCUCACUCUGAAGAUGGAGUCUGCGCGGAAGGCUUGGGAAAACUCGCCCAGUUUGCCAGAGCAGAACUCUCCGGGCGGUGCUGGCUCAGGCAUCCAGCCCCCAUCCUCGGUGGGAGCCUCCAGCGGGGUCAACUACAGCUCCUUUGGCGGAGUUUCCAUGCCGCCCAUGCCCGUGGCCUCUGUAGCACCAUCUGCUUCUCUUCCAGGCAACCACCUGCCACCUCUCUACCUGGAUGGCCAUGUGUUUGCAAGUCAGCCCCGGCUGGUUCCUCAAACGAUACCUCAGCAGCAGAGUUACCAACAGGCUGCCGCUGCCCAGCAGAUCCCGAUUUCCCUUCACACGUCUCUGCAGGCUCCAGCCCAGCUGGGACUGAGGGGCGGACUCCCAGCCUCCCAGUCACAGGAGAUCUUCAGCUCCUUGCAGCCCUUCAGAUCUCAGGUGUACAUGCACCCCAGCCUGUCACCACCCAGCACCAUGAUCCUUUCUGGAGGCACAGCCUUGAAGCCUCCGUACUCGGCAUUCCCCGGCAUGCAGCCUUUGGAGAUGGUGAAGCCGCAGUCCGGCUCCCCCUACCAGCCCCUGAGCGGAAACCAAACCCUGGUCUACGAGAGCCAGCUCAGCCAGGCUGCCGGUCUGGGUGCCUCCCAGAUGUUGGACUCUCAGCUCCCACAGCAGCUGACAAUGCCACUGCCUGGCUCGCAGCUGCCUCUGCCGCGGUACGGCUCCGGGCAGCAGCCCCUGAUCCUGCCGCAGUCCAUCCAGCUGCCUCAGGGGCAGAGCCUCUCUGUCGGGGCCCCCCGCAGGAUUCUUCCGCCCGGGUCCCAGCCUUCGGUCCUUAACACCAGCAGAGAGUCCUCUCAGAUGGAGAUGAAGGGCUUCCACUUUGCCGACAGUAAACAGAACGUUCCCUCAGGAGGCUCCAUGCAGUCACCACAGACCUACAGGCCUAGCUCUGCUAGCCCCAGUGGGAAGCCCUCUGGAUCAGCAGUUAACAUGGGCUCUGUGCAGGGACACUACGUUCAUCAGGCAAAGCCACGAGUGGAUGAAAAAUCCAGCCUGGGAGCCGUGAAACUGCAGGAGGCCCCUUCAGCCGCCUCCCAGAUGAAGCGAACUGGAGCAGUCAAACCUCGGGCAGUGCGAGUGGAGGAGAGCAAGGCCUGAAGGUGCCCGGCCGGCCUCGCCUGAGGACAGUGCUGCCCCUCGCCCUGCACCGCCAUGGCCGGGAGUCUCGGCAGCUUCUCCGUCCGACCGCCUGGCCCUGGCGGAGAGCCGUCCCUUCUCUCCUCCACUCCUGAAAGCGCUGAUGCCUAGCCAGCUUGCACCGUGGACAUGUGGCAUUGACCUGCUUGCUUUAAUACAGACAGCAGAGGACCCUUCCCGGCUCCUCCUCACCCGCGGGCUGUGAGCCUCCGUCCAGCUCGCCCCGUGCAGAGCAGCCCGAGCGGGCGCUUUUCUCAGUGCUUGCUUCCCUCGCGGCCCGCGCAGCCCACGCGGCCGGCAGCAGGCUUCUUUCAGCUCGCAGCUUCCUGUUCUAAAAAGCAGCUGAGGUUUUUACAAAGGAGAAAGGAAAACAAAACACAAGCUAUGUCUGUGUAGCUGAACUUUGUGUCCUUCGCCAGCCUCUCCCUGACCCCUCUCGUGUUCGGGUAGUUCCCUUCCCCCCUGUUCAAUCUGAUCAUCACUGCGACCCUCCCUCCUGCUGCCUCUCAGUUGGUUAACCUUUGAGGUUACUAAGACACCGUUAUGAGCGCCCGUGCCCAGCUGCGGGCUGGGGAAGCAGUUGGUCCCAGCCCUGGCCUGGAGGCUUACGGGCAGCCCAUUGAGGUUGACGACGUUUUUAGCAUAAGAAUUACCCAGAAUUUCUGUCCUGGACUCUUCUAAAGCCAGUGGUUAUGUUGCCCGCUGGCCCCUGAGGCAAAUCAUGGAAAUACCAAGUCACUGGUGUUUUCCAGUUUGGCCUGGUCGUGUGAGCAGACAGCACCACAGGCUCCCUCUGCGUCUCUGCUCGUGGGGCUCCGGCACCCGCAGGGCUGCUGUUUCACACACACUCCCUUUCCUAGAAGCCUUCCAUGAUACGCCCUUCUCCUCACCCCUUCCCGUCUGGAUUCUCCUGUCCCUCCACCUACACAGCUCAUGACCAGAAACCAUGAGUCCCUCCCCAGACAGCCAUGUGCUUGAGUCUGCAGCAGGGCCUGUGGUCUGGAAGGCUGCUGGGGGGCUUCCUGUUUCUCCUUUUUUUCUCUCCCAUUAGCAGACCCAGAUCAUUGGGCAUCGCUUGUCCAGCCGGCCAGGGCAGGGUCCAAGGGGAGGCUGUGUUGCAGGGCUGACCGUGGUUCUAAAGCAGCCCGGGCAGCCUUGUCGCAGAGCUGCCUCUAGCAAAAUGUCCAUGUGAGCCAUUUUACACUGUUUUGUUUUUUAAAUGAGAACUAGAGUCAUCCCAGAUUCUGUCAUUCCAAGGAAGGGGCACAGGAACGUUCAAGUUUUGUACGUACCCUUCAGGGAACUAAUCAGCCCUCUACCGAGAGGGGGUGCUGCCACUGGUUCCAGGGAGCAGGAGUGGUAGUGGGCGGGGACGUCGGCCCUCAGUGUCACCACGGUUGUGUGCCAGCCGCUCAGGCUGUGUCUCAGUGUGGAACACGGCAAAGGCGCCUUGGGCCUUCUGAGUGACUCGAUGUUGCUGUUCACCGCUUUAGGGAUGUGGGCAGACAGGCCCCCAUCUGAGGUCGAGAGGGCUAGUUUCCUUGGAAGAUGCUCGCUCUGCAGCUUUAAGCACCCCCUUCUUGCCUCCACCCUCUGUCCUCUUCACUGGCUUCUUUUUUUUUUUUUCAUCCCCCGAAUCUUGACUCAAGUCCUUUCUGCACUCGCCUGCCCCUGUGCUCAUCUGCCCGGCCCCCUCCUCCCCCAGAGAGGGGCCAACUGCCCUCUGCCUGCAGCUCCGCUCCCAGCUGCCCCCAUCGCCAGCCGCCCCUGCAGGCCACACGCUCGCCGCUGCCUGUCACCCGGAAACCUGGCCAGACAGAGCCUCACACCUGGUUCCAGUGCGCACUGUUUGUCUAAAGGGAAACUGAUCUCAUUGUGAAAGUCAACAACAGUCCUGGGUGCUGUUACAACUCAAGAUGUGUCCUUCAGGCGUCCUGCCAGUGACAGUGACAGUACUCGUGCUUGAGAAACAAGAACAAAGGAGCCCCUGUUCUCCAGCCCUUUUCUCUGCCCUGUAUCCGCCCCUCCAAUAAAAACAGAAAACACUAGAAUUUAUUUAUAUGUAUUGAUGUUGUAGGUCUAGGUGAAGAAAAGUAAAUGUUUCACUGCUCUAUUUAUAUAUCAUGUCUGACGUGUUCUGUGCAGGAAAGGCCCGGAAAUUGCAUGUGAACUUCAGUGCUUUCACCGUCUCCGUGUGCCCCGCUGCAGGCGCCUUCCACCGGGACACAUGUUCAACGGACUCGGGGCGGACGGCGGCCUUGCCUGCCGCACCCCUCCCUUCCUUGGUCUGAUUAAAUGCAAUCUUUAGUGCAGAGAUGUUUAAGGUGCAGUCUUUUCCUUUCUCGUGUUUUAGAGCCAAGCUCAAGGUCGUAGGACAUUGGGUCUUAUUUUGGUUCCAGACGACAUCCCCCCUCCCCCCCUUUCAGAGAGCAAAUUCAUACAGAGGACUCUGCCAGGAUGUCUUGGGCCCUUUGGCGAGAACAGUUGAAAACCCGAACUUACCUUUUCUGCUGCUGAGAUGCGGUGGUAUCAGAGGCCUCUCAUGCACCUUUGCCUGCUAAAGUCGCCCUCCUGAUGCUGGCAGUUUUGCCCCAGCUAUUGAUGGUGCAGCCCACUGCUUGGCACCCAGGGGCCUGAUGUGGUGUCUGUACAGCAUCGACGACUCAGUGGAGUGAAAUUCCAGCAUGUGGGGUUGUGUGUCCGAGGUGUCGUCCACCCACUGAAGAUUUCUCUGCCAGCUGUAUUUGGUCUGGUUUUCUUUAUUGUUUCCCCCCUUUUUAUCCAUACUAUUGUUUUCAAACUUGGAAUUCAUAUACUUUGGGCUCUAGUUCCUUUAGGGGGAAAACAAGGAAUAACUGUUACACAUUCAGAAAAAUCAGUUUGUCUACUUCCAAAGCUGUGGUCAUUCCAGCCACUUCUAGGCAUACUGGGGUAUCUUGUCAUUAAGUACUGGCAACUGUUCUCCCAGCCCUCACCCUCCUGUCUUCGGGGUCUGCCUUCUGGAUGGGGGUGAGGUCUGUGACUGAUGCUCAGAGCCAAGGAGGCUGAGGGUGCACGUGCGUGUUCCGAACUGGCCCAUUGUGUGGCAAGCUGGUGCAGCUCCUCCUGCUGAUCGGUUCCCCUCCACCAAGUAGUUGCACGUUGCCUCUUGUACUUGUCCUUUUCACCUGCAGAGCAAGCCUGGGUUGGAAGGUCUGUUGAAAAUGGCCUUCGGCAACCAAGGAUACUCAAGUGUUUGUGCUUUGUCGUGUUCUGUGAUGAGUGGGAAAUGCAGACUUCUGAAAACCAGCCCCUCCUGUUUUAGAACGUGAGAGGGACCUAAGACUAAUAGAUCACCCAGGACAGGAAUGGCUCCGUGUUGGGGUCAGACACCAUUGGUCCCCCAGUGACACUCUCCACCCGGACCACCAUUGUGUAUUUGGCGAGUGAUCUCCUGCUCACUGUCUCCCGCCCCAGUUGGGUGGCCUGUCUUCAGCAUGCUACAGAGCCUCCAAGUGGAAACUGCUAGGAAGGCUCUGUGUGGAUGACUUUCUUCCAUUGUUUAAAGGGGAUACUGUACUGUAAGCUUUGGACCUCAUGCCUUGCAUAGUGAAAAGGGUUUGGGGGUUUUGUGUUGUUCUUGAAAGGGUUGUUUUUGUUUCCUUUUGUUUUCAUUUUGGCUUUUCCUCUUUGUCUUUUCAUGUAGACCAGAUAUUUGAAAGGGCAGACGAUGGCUAAAGGUGUAAUGUGCAGCUUGUUCAUACAUUGUUUGGGGAAGCUUUUACCUUGGUGGGAAAUGGAAUCAUGGGUUCACCAGGCCAUGGUGGCACACUCGCCCUUUGCCCUGUCCCUUCGGAUCAGUACCUAUUGUUUCUCCUUUCAAAUAUGUGAUUGUACUAACUCUUUCCAUGUGAAAGAAUUCUCCUUAUUUAAAUAAAAAAAGU